CGGGGUCAAGAAAGCGACUUAUUUACCAUUCACACGAUCAGCGAUGGUGAACCAAAAGGCCCAAGAUGCCGUCCAGCAGUCUCUCGACUCGGUGACUGGCAACAAGGAGACAGGUAUUGCCGGCAUCGUCUUCGUAGCAGUCGACAAAUCCGGAAAUCAAAUCUGUGCCAAUGCCUCUGGCCGCAAGGGCUUGAACAGCCCAAAGCCCAUGGAUUUGGACACAGUCUUCUGGAUCGCUAGUUGCACGAAGCUCCUAGCAACCAUGGCUUGCAUGCAGGCUGUGGAGCGAGGAAUUCUGAAACUCGACGAUCAUCAGCAGGUCUACAAGUUGUGUCCAGAGCUUGAGAAAGUGCAGGUUCUGAAGGAAGACGGAACACUCGAGCCGAAGAAGAAUGAUAUCACGUUAAGGAUGCUGCUCACCCAUACUUCUGGAUUCGGAUACGAAUUCUUCAACCCCAAACUGCGAGACUACGGCCGUCCCGUAGGCUUCGAUGUUUUCCACGCAGAUAUCGGCGACAUCCUCCGCAUGCCACUCGUCCACCAGCCCGGCACAGUCUGGGAAUACGGAAUCGGCAUAGACUGGGCCGGCAUCGUCCUCCAGCGUGCAACGGGCACCGGCCUCAACGACUGGAUCACGUCACACAUAACCGGUCCACUCGGCCUGAAAAACAUCAACAUGUUGCCCACAAAAGAAAUGAAGCAGAAUCUAGCAUACAUGCAUCAACGAUGGCCCGGGUCCUCGGAAGUCGAAGAGCGAGACCACAUCUACCGCGAACCCCUCCUCGCAGAAACAGAAGCCGAGAAGAAACGUCUCUUCCACUCCGGAGGCGCAGGAGCCUAUGCCAAACCCACCGAAUACGUCCAAGUCCUCGCCACGCUUUUGAACAACGGGCAAGGACCCAACGGUGCCCGGAUUCUGAACCCCGAAACGGUAGACGAAAUGUUCACGAACCAAAUCCCAGAGCACCCCAACUUCGCCCGCCAAGGCAUUCCAGCAGCAAAACCCGACCAAACGAAUCCCGCUCCCGAACUCUACCCCCAAGAAGGCGACCCCCCGCAAGGCUGGGGUUUGAGUUUCAUGCUCACGCAAGAACCCGGUGCGACGGGGAGAGGACGGAAUACUGCGUGGUGGGCGGGGAUUGCGAAUUUGUUUUGGUGGGCGGAUCGGGAGAGGGGGGUUGCCGGUAUGAUUGCUAGUCAGGUGAUGCCGUUUGGGGAUUUGAAUGUUAUGGGGCAGUGGGGGGCUUGUGAGGGGGCGGUUUAUGCGUCGUUGUAGAAUUAAUAGGGGGAUGUGAUGUGAUGUGUUGUGUUGUGUGAGAUUUUUAUAUAUAUAUAUAUCGUUUUUUUUUGGGAUAGCUAUACCAUACUUGAGUUCUCUUAUUCAAAGAGCCAGCCUGUCGCUUCUC